AGUCCCUAACUCUACUCGGGCAAAGCGCUUACAUUCUGUGUUCCCGGCCUGAGGCUCGGCGCUCGGAGCCGGCAGCUGUCAAUCAAGCGGUCCGGGUCUGCGCGCCCUGAGUUUCCGGCCAGCUGGAAAGUUCGUCGAUUUAUCUUCAACAAAAUGUAUUCUUUUUGUCGUUAAGCUUUUGUUUUUAGUAGUCCGGUGAUGUAAAGCACUAACAAGAGGCCAUGAAAAUGUGAAAGGAUAAACUUCAACCAAAUGAAUUGCUUGUUGUUGAUGUCUGGACUGGAGUUGGAUGUAUUUAGGAUCAUCUGGGACACUGAGCUCAUGAAAAUGUCUUUUUUACUUUUCUAAUAUCUGUUUUUCACCAUAAGAGUGUUUCUGUGACUGUUAGAGCCUGCAACUUACAGCUUGGAGUCCGUUUGAGUGAACCAGUGCUUUAUGUCUCCGAGAAGAUUCUGGGAAGCGAGCGCGCACUCGGAUGGCCUUGAUGUGAAGAAACUUCGAGAUGGUGCAUGAGCUGAUAUUCAACUCCAUUUUUCCAGUUGAAGCGCUCAUUAAUUGACGAUUAAAGCAUCGAGAAAGAUUGAGGCAAAUGCAGAAGGCGAGUGAGAGUUCAGCACCUACUGUCUUCCUUCUGAUUGCUGCAGGAGAAGGAGUCUGUGAGCGGCCUAACGCUGUGUGGCUCGCUGUGGCAGGGGAUAGACUUCUCUGCCUCAUGUGGUGUCCUCUCUUUCAAGGAAUGUUGGUGAUAUCGUAGGAUGGUGUCAUGGUUUUGCGUUUAUGGAUUGGACUAUUGCGUUUAUGGACUGUGGACUUUUUUUCAGACUUAUGGUCUUUAUAUACUGUUUUUUUUUAUCACCCGCUUUUUUUCCGUUCUGUUGUGCGAAGGAAUUAUGCCGCCCAAGGGCACCACACGAAAGAAGCUUCCUGAACCCCUGCCUGUGGGAUUGGUUCUGACAGAUUCUGAGAAAAGACAUUGGAAACUUGGGAAAGUUAUUGGCAGCGGUGGAUUUGGACUGAUUCACUUAGCCUCUCCUGCUUCAGCAAAUGAUGUUGGGAAUGAUGCAAAAUAUGUUAUUAAAAUAGAGUACCAGGAAAAUGGACCCCUGUUCUCAGAGCUGAAAUUUUAUCAGAGGGCAGCUAAACCUGAACACAUAAAGGCAUGGAUGAAAAGCCAUAAACUGAGUUUCUUGGGGAUUCCUGCUUACUGGGGAUCAGGCUUGACAAAGCACAAUGGGAAGAGCUAUAGAUUCAUGGUAAUUGACAGACUUGGUGUCGAUUUGCAAAAGUUGCUGGAAGCGAGGGAGAACCGGUUGGAUAAAACUUCUGCUUUGAAAAUAGGCUGUCAGCUGCUUGAUAUUUUGGAGUUUAUUCAUGAGCACGAAUAUAUCCAUGGUGAUAUCAAGUCAGCAAACCUGCUUCUGGGAUUCGAAAAUCACAAAGAGGUCUAUCUGGCAGAUUAUGGUCUUGCCUUCAGGUACCGUCCCAAUGGAGCUCACAAAUGCUAUAAAGAGGACCGCAAGAAAGGUCACAAUGGAACAAUUGAAUUUACUAGCAUCGAUGCUCACAAAGGUGUAGCUCCAUCCAGACGAAGUGACCUGGAAAUCCUUGGCUACUGCUUGCUACAGUGGCUGUGUGGGAAGCUGCCUUGGGAGCAGGACUUGAAGGACCCUGUAGCAGUUCAACGAGCCAAAGUCAAAUUUAUGGAAAAUCUCCCUACUUCAGUCCAUCAGUGCUUUCCCUCUGGAUACGAUGCUAGUGAAAUUGUCAAUUAUCUGUCUUAUGUGAGUAUUCUGAAGUAUGAAGAAAGGCCACAAUAUCAGAAACUGCACAACAUCCUAUUAAAUUGUCGGGAAGCCAGCCAAUCUAAUCGUGUGGAUCUCAGUGGAAAAGACCGUAUGGAAUCUUGGCUUUUGUCUGUUCCUGAAAAUAGUAAGAGGAAACAGGAAAUUCUCCCAUCACAAAAUGUACGUGUAUUGAGACCAAGACCAACAAGACAAAAUGUACUUCAAGAAAAUCGAAUGAAAGGAAAGAGUAACAUUUUCCGUGACAAUGAAUGCUCAGAAAUGUUGAAGUUUAAAGAAAAGAUGACAGAGGUUGCAAUGCCUACUUCAAACCUGGUAGAGGUAACUGCAUAUUCAGAAGAAUACAAGACCAGGAAGCAGAAAUCAGUGGUUCAGAUGAUUAGUCCUAUUGAAGCCGAACCAGUGCCUCAGAAUCAAAGAAUAAAAUCAGACAUUUUGCACUAUGGUGCUGCAGUUGUAGUUUUGUCAACAUUAAUUAUCUUCCUGCUUUUGGUAUAUUGACC